AUGGCGAUUAAAGAUGGUUGUGGCACUAGCUUCUGGUUGGACCGGUGGGUGGGGGAUGGUGAGCCACUGCUGGAUCGGGCCUUGGACUCCGCCCGCAACCUUGACCCCGGGCAGCCUGUCGCCGCGUUUGUGAAUACCCGAGGUGAGUGGAAUGUUGAGUUAUUGGCAGAAUUCUUACCCCCGGAUGCUAUCUCGCAGGUGAUUGGGGUUCAACCUCCUAUUGCUGGGUCGGGCGAGGAUGUCGCCAUCUGGUUCCCAGAAGAUGACGGGAGGUUCCGCGUGCGUUCGGCUUAUGAUUUAGCAACCAACGAGGAGGAGCUGGCACGGGACUUCGACUGGCGCACCAUCUGGCGGUGGGAGGGGCCUGCCCGCAUUAGACAUUUCCUUUGGCUAGCUGCUCGGGAACGCUUGCUGACAAACGGAGAACGAGGCCGGCGCCAUCUUACGGAAGAUACUGCUUGCCCCCUUUGCCGAACAGAUUCCGAGUCGGUCCUGCAUGUGUUGCGGGACUGCAGUUUUUCCAGGUUAAUAUGGUUGCAGCAAAUCCCUUCUUCUGAAUGCCAACCCUUCUUCGGAGCGAACCUGCAUGAUUGGCUACUUCACAACCUCCGGAGCCAGAAUAACAGUCUCGAGUUUGGUAUUACCUGCUGGUCCCUGUGGAGGACCAGAAAUGAUCGCGUCUUCGCAGGCAAGAUCAUCACCCCUGAAACCUUUUUGCACCGUGUCCGGGCUUGGGUACCUGUAGUGAGGAAUGCCUUGGACAAGGACAGGAUCAUCAAUAAGCCUAGUCCGCCUGCUAGAACGGAGGAGCAGAUCGCUUGGAAGCCGCCUCCUCCCGAGUGGGUUUGCCUCAACUCCGACGGCUCCGUUCUUCCUGAGACAGGCCUCGGCGCUGCUGGUGGCCUUAUCCGCGAUCAUACAGGACGCUGUCUCUCAGCGUUCACUUUGAACCUGGGUGCGUGCACUAUAACCCAGGCGGAGUUGAGAGGUGCAGUGGAAGGUUUACAGGUGGCGUGGGACAGGGGUUAUCGCAAGGUGCGGGUCCAACUUGAUUCGCAGUGCGCUGUCCAUCUCAUUGGCCGGACCGAUACCGAGGAGCAUCAUUGUGCAGCUAUCCUAGCUCGGUUCAGAGAGCUCCGGUCUAGACCCUGGGAAGUGGAAGUAGAGCAUGUGUAUAGAGAAGGUAAUAGAUGUGCUGAUUUUCUGGCUAGUCGUGGGCAUGUGGUUCCAUUUGGCUUUCAUGAGGUUGUAAGCUCCGACCCGAUGCUUUCGUAUUGGAUCAUGUAUGACUGUCAGGGGGUCUCCGAACCCCGGUUGGUUUUGAAUGAAAGAUAG